AGGCGAGGAAAUCCUCGGGGAGGUUCCUCCCUGAGCGGCGGCAGCCUGGCAGGGCCCGAGAGCGGCCCGCGGUGGGGAGGGGAUAGCGGGGCGGACCCGGAGGACAUGGAGGCCGAGGGGGCCCCGUCAUGGCGGGGUCCCGGCGGGGCCGUGCGGGAGCUCUGCCGCUCUUUCUGCCACUACAACCGGCACCUGGCGCGGCUGCAGCACAACCUGCGAGAGACCAAGAGGUUCUUCCGCGAUGUCAAGUUCUCCCAGGGACACCCCUUCGCCUCGGCGCCUGCCGGUGACGGCCCCCCCUCCGGCGGGGAUGGGGGUCCCGGGGACGGCGGCCACGGCCCCGUGUCGUUCCCGCCACACGAGGAGGAGCAGCUGCAGCGCUCGGUGAGCUGGCGGCCGUGCCUGCUGAUCCUGGGCCAGAGCUGCCGCGCCAAGUGCCGCCUGCUGAACCUGCUGCUGGGCCAGGAGCUGCUGCCCGUCCCUGGGGCUGCCACCGAGGGGCUGCUGCCCGUCCCUGACACCGAGGGGCUGCUGCCUGUCCCUGGCACUGAGGAGCUGCUGCCCACCCCUGGUGCUGUCCAUGGGGCUGGCACCGAGGGGCUGCUGCCCACACCGGACACUGAGGGGCUGCUACCUGUCCCUGGCACCAAGGGGCUGCUGCCCAGCCCAGACACUGAGGGGCUGCUGCCCACCCCUGGCACCGAGGAGCUGCUGCCCAGCCCCGGGACUGGCACUGAGGGGCUGCUGCCCAGCCCAGACACUGAGGAGCUGCUGCCCAGCCCUGACACUGAGGAGCUGCUGCCCAGCCCUGACACUGAGGAGCUGCUGCCCAGCCCUGACACUGAGGAGUUGCUGCCCAGCCCAGACACUGAGGAGCUGCUCCCCACCCCUGACACUCAUGAGCAGUUGCCCAGCCCCGGGGCUGGCACGGAGGAGCUGCUCCCCACCCCUGACACUCAUGAGCAGCUGCCCAGCCCCGGGGCUGGCACGGAGGAGCGCUGCCGGCGCCGCCGCGUUCGCUUCAUGCACGGGGCGCGGACGCGGCUCAGCCUGGCGCUGCCCGGGCAGUACGAGCUGGUGCAGGCGCUGGCAGGGCACAGCGGGCACUGGGACACCAUCCCCGAGCAGGACCUGCAGGUGCCCGGCGACGCCGAGGAUCCCGCGCAGAGGGUGGCAGAGCUGGAGGUGGUGCUGCCCCACCCGCUGCUCAAGGAAGUGGACAUCGUGGUGGCUCCAUGCCGUGGCUUCCAGUCAGCUGAGGCCACGCUGGCCGAGUUUGUCAACCAGGUGCUGCCCGUUGUCACCUUCGCCAUCGGCGAGCCCCAGCUGUCCCCAUCGGACCGGGCAGAACUUCUGGAAAUCAAGGAAAAAUUCUCCCUCCCCAUCUUCUUCCUCCGAAUCCCCGAGCCUGGCAGCGAGCCGAGCUCUCCCAAAAAACCCAGCAAGGAGAAAUCCCCGCUCCACCGCCAGCUGCUGGAUCUGGGAUACCUGAACCCCUCGGGCUCCUGCGGCGCUCCGGGCUCCUCGGUGCUGGCGGAGCAGCCGGAGAAGCUGCGGCUGCUGAGCGCCUUCGCCAGGCAGGUGCUGCAGCAACACCUGCUGGGGUUGGCCACGAGGCUGAGCGAGGUCCACGGGCGCUGCCUCAACAUCUUCAUCAACCAGGCCUUCGACAUGGCGCGGGACCUGCAGAUCACGCCCAAGCGGCUGGAGUACACGCGCAGGAAGGAGAACGAGCUCUACGAGUCGCUGAUGGGCAUCGCCAACCGCAAGCAGGAGGAGAUGAAGGAGAUGAUCGUGGAGACCUUGGGGAGUAUGAAGGAGGAGCUGCUGGAGGACGCUGCCAGCAUGGAGUUCCGAGACAUCAUCAUCCCCGAGAGCGGCGAUCCCGUCAGCUCCCGGGACAUCAAACGCUGCAUCCAGCAGAUCCAGGAGCUGAUCAUCUCCCGCCUCAACCAGGCUGUGGCCAACAAACUCAUCAGCUCCGUGGAUUAUCUGCGGGAGAGCUUCGUGGGGACCCUGGAGCGCUGCCUCCGGAGCCUGGAGGAGUCCUGGGAGGGCGCGGCGCAUCCCAGCAGGGCAGCGGAGAAAAGCAGGGAUGGCUCCGUGCACAUCACCAGCAACUAUCUCAAACAGAUCCUGAACGCAGCCUACCACGUGGAGGUCACGUUCCACUCGGGCUCGACGGUGACCAGGAUGCUUUGGGAACAGAUCAAACAGGAAUUCCCAAAUGCUCCAAAUCAUUUCUUUACUCCUCCAGGACACAAAGAACCCCUUCAAGAGAUAAUCCAGCGGCUGACGUGGGUGAGCCCCCCGGCCAUCAGCAGCGAGUGGAAGAGGAAGGUGGCCCAGGACGCCAUCGAGAGCCUCAGCGCCUCCAAACUGGCCAAGAGCAUCUGCAGCCAGUUCCGAACGCGCCUCAACAGCUCCCACGAGGCCUUCGCCUCCUCCCUGCGCCAGCUGGAGGACGGCCACUCGGGCCGCCUGGAGAGGACCGAGGACCUGUGGCUGAAGGUGAGGAAGGAGCACGCUCCACGCCUGGCCCGCCUCUCCCUGGAGAGCAGAUCCCUGCAGGAUGUGCUGCUGCACGGGAAGCCCAGGCUGGGCAGGGAGCUGGGCCGAGGCCAGUACGGGGUGGUGUACCUGUGUGACAGCUGGGGGGGACACUUCCCCUGCGCCCUCAAAUCCGUCGUCCCUCCGGAUGAGAAGCACUGGAACGACCUGGCGCUGGAAUUCCACUACAUGAGGUCCCUGCAGUCCCACGAGAGGCUGGUGCACCUGCACGGCUCCGUCAUUGAUUACGGCUACGGAGGUGGAUCCAGCAUUGCUGUGCUGCUGAUCAUGGAGAGGCUGCACAGGGACCUCUACACCGGGCUGAAGGCUGGGCUGGAGUUGGAGCCACGGUUGCAGAUUGCUUUGGAUGUGGUGGAAGGGAUCCGGUACUUGCACAGCCAGGGCUUGGUGCACAGGGAUAUCAAACUCAAAAACGUCCUGCUGGACAAAAAGAACCGGGCCAAAAUCACGGAUUUGGGCUUCUGCAAACCCGAGGCGAUGAUGUCUGGCAGCAUCGUGGGCACCCCCAUCCACAUGGCUCCCGAGCUCUUCACAGGGAAAUAUGACAAUUCCGUGGAUGUUUAUGCCUUUGGGAUCCUGUUCUGGUACCUGUGCUCGGGCCACGUGAAGUUACCCGAGGCUUUUGAGAGGUGUGCGAGCAAAGAUCACCUGUGGAACAACGUCAGGAGAGGGGUGCGGCCGGAGCGGCUCCCGGUGUUUGACGAGGAAUGCUGGCAGCUGAUGGAAGCCUGCUGGGCCGGGGACUCCUCCCAGCGGCCUCUCCUGGGAAUCGUGCAGCCCAUGCUCCAGGGAAUCAUGGACAGGCUCUGCCAGACCGGCUCCCAGCAUCCCAACAAAGGCCUGGACGACUCCACCUGAGCGGGAAGCGCGGCAGGAUUCGGGAAUCGCGGCGGGAUUUGGGAAUUCCAGCCCCGCCUCGGCCGUGGAGCUCCGAGCCAGCCCCGAGGGGGACAGGGAGGAGCUCGGAGGGGGCUCAGGGGGGUGAUGGCUCCAUCCCAAUCCCACCCCUGUAUCCCAUUGGAAUAGUGUGGCCAAGGCAUGGAAAAUCCCAUUGGAAUUGCGUGGCCAAGGCAUGGAAAAUCCCAUUGGAAUUGCUCGGCCAAGGCAUGGAAAAUCCAAACCCUUGGGACUCGCUGGAGGCUUCGCCAAUCCCAUCCCAAGCCUCCUGGGCAGUCCAUGGGAUGGGAAAAAUCCCUUCCCAAAACUCCGGGAUAACGAUCCCGCUCCUCCCUCAGCCAUUGGCAGCAAUUCCAGAGCGCUGGGAGAGGAAGGAAAAGGCACAAAACUUUAGGAUGAGGAAGUGUUGGGAAGCUCCAAGGAGCUGGAAAUGUUUACAUGGACAGGAGCAAAGCUUCCGUGUUUUUUUCUACGGGGAUUUGGAAAACCCCACCUGGAUAAGCUAUUGAUCCCUAAUCCCACCUUUUCCUCCUCUUUUUUUUUUUUUCUCCCCCCUCUCCUUUGCUUCCCUAAAUUUCUUGGAAUGGCUGGAGAAACCUUCCCUUGUUUCCACGCUCCGUUCCUCAGAGGUUCCGCUUUGGAGCAGCACAAAAAAGUCCUUAAAAGUAUCCAAUUUAUCUUUUUUUCCUCCCAGGGAAAGUGCCAAAAUUCCUUUUAAAGCAGGAGCUGGGGCUUGGAAUUCAUGGGAAUGUCGUGGCUGUUUUAAAUUGGGGAAUGCACAGGAAUAUUUUAAAUAAUGAGGAUUUUCCAGCUUUUUUUUCCAAGUUGGAGGGAAGAAAAAUCCUUCCUUCUUCUCCUCCAUUUCACUCCAGAGCUGGAAUUCAAUGGGAAAGAAUAAAAAAAAAGUGGGGAUAGGGGAAGAGGGGGAUUUGUCUUUCCCAAAUUCCUAGCAAUCCCAGUUUGCUUCCUGCAUUUUUGGGGUGGAAUUGGGCUUAUCUGGAGCAGGAAAAGCCCCUUGCUGGCUCCAUGAGGAACGGGGGAAGUUGGGAAUUCUCCCUGGAAUUCCCAGGGAAGGUGGAAUUCCUCGGCUGAAAUUCCAGCUGCCCGUGGCCGAGGAUGGGUUUGGUGGGAUUGAUUUUUUCCCUUUCUUUGUGCAAUAAAUGGAUUCAGGAGGUUUUUUAUGGAGGAAAAAAACCAACAAAACUCAGCUUUGUUUUGUUCCUUCCCGGGCAUUCCCGGUGGAUCCGACCCCUCCUGCCAUUCCCAAGUGGGGUUUUUUUUAUGGAUCCAAACUCCAUCUGCCAUUCCAGGGUGUUUUUUUAUGGAUCCAUCCUUUCUCCUGGCAUUCCAAAACUGGGUUUUGUUGGUUUUUUUUUUUUUUAUGGAUCCAUCCUCUGUCCCAUCCCAAUCCAGCUGCUCGUGCCAAGAAUUCCCAACCCUUUUCCAAAGCCCCGUCCCUCAGGCAGCACCGACCCCAGGAGGGGGGAAAAAAAACCUCUGGAAAACCUCUGGAAAAGCGGGAAUGGCCCUCGGGAUGGCGCAGGGAGGUGUGGAAAUAAUAAACUGGAAUAAAGGCCAAGCUCUGUGUCUGCAA